AUGAAGCGCCUCGCACCGCAAAGUGAUACAUCCCGCAAGGUUCUUAUACUCGAGGUGUCCCAGGCCUGUUCAAGCACUGUCAUACAGAAGGCAUACGAGCGGGAUACGAACAUGCAUGUCUUGACCCCCACCGUCUUGUCGGCGAUAACCACUACCCUUUCCUUGUCCGAUGCCUGGACGUCGCCCAUUGCGACACCAACUAAGAGGGUGCUGCAUGAUCGAGCAUUGUUUCCCAUGAAUUGCAAUCGAGAAUCCGCUCGUAGCUCGCGCUCGUGCGCGCUCAGCCGUACCGCAUCUCCCCGCGCCCACACAAACCCAGGCACUUGUCUUUCGUCCCGUCAGAUUGGACCCGAUGCCUUCGACAUCGUUGCCUGA